CGCAGUUCACUGUACACAGUUCAGUUUGUUUAGUUUCCACAGCGCUUUAUCGCAAGCGACUAAAGUCCAUAACAGCUCGUUAACCUGACCUUUUUACGUGUUUGAACUGCUGCCAAUCCGUGGAGCGACCCUUCCCCAGAGGUCAACGCUUCGCUCGCCGCCCUUUCCAGGCCCGUCGCCUGCCUUGUAGCUCUUAUAACGGAGCGGAAAAACUGGCCUGCUAGUUAGCUCCCAAGCUAAGGUUUCCCCCAUGUCCUCUGAGGAAGCGCUCAGCUCAUCGAUUACAGAUUGGCUCUUUUUUCAUUCUUGGUGGCUCCUUCUACCGUUCAUCAUGCUUCUUGUUGUCGCUGCCUUCAUCGUUGCCUUUGUGCUGUUGCUCUACAUGAUAUCGCCUCUAAUAAGCCCCAAACCGCUAAAACUGAAUGGGGCCCAUGUCGUGGUGACGGGGGGCUCCAGCGGGAUUGGGAAAUGCAUUGCCAUUGAGUGCUACAGGCAAGGAGCAUUCAUCACUCUGGUGGCACGGAACGAGGAGAAAUUGCUAAGAGCAAAGAAAGAGGUGGAGAAAUAUGCCGUGAAUGACAAGCAGGUGGUGCUCUGCGUAUCAGUGGAUGUUUCCGGUGACUACACUCAAGUGGAAAAUGUGAUAAAACAGGCUCAGGAGAAGCUCGGGCCUGUUGAUAUGCUUAUAAACUGUGCUGGGACUGCCAUUUCUGCAAAAUUUGAGGAGGUUGAGGUUGAACGCUUUAAGGAAAUGAUGGAACUGAACUACCUGGGCAGCGUUUAUCCAACCCGAGCUGUCAUUACCACCAUGAAGGAGCGAAGAAUGGGCCGCAUUAUGUUUGUUUCAUCACAGGCGGGUCAGAUCGGCCUGUUUGGUUACACUGCCUACUCUCCGUCCAAGUUUGCUCUGCGUGGCUUAGCAGAGGCACUACAGAUGGAGAUAAAGCCAUACAACAUCUAUGUAACUCUGGCAUUCCCCCCUGACACGGACACUCCACUCCUGGCUGAGGAGAACAAAUCAAAGCCUUUAGAGACCAAGUUAAUCUCUGAAACCUCUGGAGUUUGGCAGCCAGACCAAGUGGCAAAAAUCCUUGUCAAGGAUGCUGUGCAAGGGAACUUUAACAGCUCAGUUGGCCCAGAUGGUUACAUGCUAUCAGCUCUUACCUGUGGAAUGUCACCUGUUACCUCCAUCACAGAAGGUCUCCAGCAGAUCGUCACAAUGGGAUUGUUUCGGACCAUCGCCCUCUUCUACCUGGGGAGUUUUGACAGCAUCGUGCGGCGCUGCAUGAUUCAGAGAGAGCAAUCGAAAGCAGCCGACAAGAGGGAGUAACAUCAGCCUUAAAGUCCUCACAGCCCAGUUCUGCUGCUCCUCUGCAGCUCCUUCCUACAUCUUCACAAAUAUACACAGCUGGGUGGAAUCCAAGUCCAACGCUUGAUAUCAACUUUAACAAGGAAAAAAAAAAUGAGCGUAAUGUUUACUUUCUGAUGACAUCACUUACCCUUUAAAGGUUUGGUUUGACAUCCUCUGUCCUCUUAGAACACAGAAUGACUUUAAUGUGGCUGUGAAUGGAGGGGAAUAAGGGCAGACUAAACAUGACAGUUUUUCUUGUAGGUGAUCCCUUUGAAGAUUAGACAGUUUCAGACUCCUGCUUUUCUCUCCAUGCUUAGAGAAGCAGUAGAGCAAAGCAGCAGACAGCUGGACUAGUUGUUCCCAAAAUGGCUUCAAAUUCCUUUCCACCCAGGACUAUGAUUAAAAACAUAAGGUAAACUUUCAUUUUCAGUCAUUUUCUUGCGUUAUAUUACUGAAGAACCUGUUUUUACUGAGAAUUUUUUCAUUGAAUGGGUUUUGUACCUCAAGUCUUUGCAGGCAAAGCACCUCCCCUUUCUGACCGAAUGACCUCUGACUGGAAACAUGUUGUUUUUAAUGCUGUGGGAUGUUUUGUCUUUGUGUCCUUUGUGUGUACUAAGCUGUGAAGUGAUAUAACUGUAUUCUUUAUUGAUAUCGGAAAGUUUUUUUUUUUUUUUUUUUUUUUUUUUUUUUUUGCAAAUGUAAAAAAAAAACAAAAACAAUCCUUUCCUGUAAAUGCAGCGAUGGGGAGACCCAAAGUAACUGUAGGUGAAACGUGUGCAUGAAUGUGUUUCUACUGUGACUGAGCCAACCCAGAGAGGGAUGGAAAAGCCAUUUGAUUUGUCUCUAUUAUUAAGACUCUACGUCUUUUAUCAUUCCAGCUUUAGAAAUAAGCAUUUCCUGAGUGUCGAAGCCACAAAGUAAAAAAGCCAGCACAUGAUUUCACUUUUCACCUGCACACACUCAUACACUGCAUCACUGAUUAUUUUGUUUUUGUACUGUCAAAAUUCACUGUCUGUCGGGAUGGUGUCGAGUCAGGGCAAGGCAUGACUCGCUGGUUCGAGUCGCGCCUCUUUAGGUCCACUGACAGCAAAGAGAUUUCUUUUUUUCUUUUAAACUAAAUCUAGAUGAGACAGACUAGAGUGUGAUUUUUGGACCAGAUGUCUCGGUUGAUUCUGUUUCUGUCGCGCCUAGAAAAAUCUAUCUUUCCUACUCCUUUGUAUACAGAGACUAAAGUAGUACAUAGUAGUCUUCCUUUAGCCAAUUUUCACCCGAAUGUACUUUAAUGUCAACAUUCAAAUGUGGCUUUUGGAUUAUUAUUUUUAGAUAUAUUUGAAUGCCAAAAUCUCUAACUCGAUGUUGCUGCUCUGGUGGUCAUAGCUUGAGUUGUACCAGAGUAGUGCUGCCUGACCCAUUCUAAGCCUUAAGAGGUGACAAUAGAUCAGUCAGAAGCUAUGAAAACAGUGUGAGGUAUUUCUGUUGGCUUUAUAACUGUUUUUCCUCUGUGUUUAAUCGUUUUCUAGUGUUUUCACAAUGAAAGAAGCCUUAUAUAAUCAAAUAUAUGAAAGUGGGGAUGGGUGACUCUUGUUUGAUGAUGUUCUCAUUUGAUAUUGAUUUAAAGGCACUUUUCUGCACUUGAAAAUCAUUUCAUUAUUGCGCAUUUAUGGCUUUUCUGAAGUUCUCAUUUUAGGUAGCAACACAUAGUGGAACAUGUAGCUUAUAAAAAGCAGUUUUGUUUGAACACCUUUAAGCUAUGCAAAUGUAGCCUAUGCUUACAGUAUGUUUGAACAUUUGAC